GCGAAAAGACGUGCACGUGCAUGCACACACACACAUACACAGACACAGACACGCACAUCAAGCAGGAACAUGUUUGAGGAGCAAGCGACAAAGGUCAAGAUCACAUCUGUUGUCAUCGUGGUGGGCAUGUCGGCGAUGCUGGCGGCGGUGGUGACCGACCACUGGGCCGUGCUCAGCCCCAGGGUGGAGAAGCUCAACGCCACCUGUGAGGCGGCCCACUUCGGCCUCUGGAGGCUCUGCAAGAAGACCAUCUUCAUCGUGGAGGAGGACCCUCAGGGCAAAGGCUGUGGCCCGAUCAACUUACCUGGAGAAAAAAACUGUUCCUACUUCAAACACUUUACAUCGGGGGAGGAAGCCGAAGUUUUUGAAGUCAAGACCCAAAAAGAGUACAACAUCUCAGCCGCGGCCAUCGCCAUCUUCAGCCUGUUCUUCAUGAUCAUGGGCACCUUGUGUGUCGUCUUCUCUUUCGGGAAGGGGCGGGACUACCUGCUCCGGCCCGCCGGGAUGUUCUUCGCCUUCGCAGGUCUUUGCAUCAUCAUCUCUGUUGAGGUGAUGCGCCAGUCCGUCAAGCGCAUGAUCGACAGCGACGAGACCAUCUGGAUCGAAUACUACUACUCCUGGUCCUUCACCUGCGCCUGCGCCUCCUUCACCCUCCUCAUCCUCAGCGGAGUCGCCCUGCUCCUCAUCUCAAUGCCACACAUGCCCCGGAAUCCCUGGGAGACCUGCAUGGACGCUGAGCCCGACACCCUAGAUUAGCCACAGGUGGUGCCACAAAGGAGAUCCGGUGAAAA